AUGGUACAAGCUAUUAAAUUAGUUCCGUUGUUUUACGAAACUUUGUUUGUUACUUAUAAUAUGCUACGGUAUGGAUGGCUGUUAUGCGCACGUCUGAAUGUCCGUCCUUCUACAAGCUCAGCACUCGUACAUUCAUCAGCACCGCCAUUCUCGCUGCCGAAAGUCAGACCGCAUGAGGAUGAAAUUCCACAGACAACACAAGGAACGCGAUCCCCUUUACCUAUUAUCGACCUUGGUAAAAGAAAGCCGACAAAAAAAGAGAUCAACCUAGUAGUACCAGAAACACAAUUAGAAUUAUGGACGAAGAUGGAGCCAAGAGGGUUGAUAUCAGCUUACUUGCAGCUUUCGAAGUCAAAACUUACAAUGCUUAUUACAUCAACAGCUGUUGCUGGAUUCUUAAUGGCUUCUGUUAGUAUAUCAGUUCUGCCACUUGCUGCAUGUGCAACAGGUACUGCUCUUUUGUCAUCAGCUGCCAACGCAUGUAAUCAGCUGCUUGAAGCUCCUUACGACGCCCAGAUGAAACGAACGCAAAGCAGAGUUUUGGUUGUUCACAGGUUUUCACCUCUCCAUGCUUUGUCGUUUGCUGGAGUUACAGCGGUAUUUGGUGCAGGAACUUUGUGCUAUUUUACUAAUCCACUUGCUGCUAGUCUUGGUUUAUUGAAUCUAGCACUGUAUGUUGGAGUUUACACACCACUUAAAAGAACGCAUAUCGCAUGUACUUGGGCUGGAGCUGUGGUUGGUGCCAUUCCACCUCUUAUGGGUUAUGCUGCUGCUACCGGUACAUUAGAUGCGUCUGCAAUGUGUCUAGCUGCUAUCUUAUAUUCAUGGCAGUUUCCUCACUUCAAUGGACUCUCUUGGAAUCUUCGAGGAGACUACAGCAAGGCUGGGUAUCGCGUAAUGUGCGUCACCAACGAACGCCUAUGCCGGGUAACUUCAAUACGCCAUAGUUUGGCAUUAGUAGGACUUUGUUCGGUGGCUGCACCUUUGACCAAUCUAACGAGUACAACGUUUGCGUUAGAUUCGUUGCCUGUAAAUGCGUAUUUGUGUUGGUUGGCGUAUAAAUUCUAUAAGGCACCAGAUGCACAAAAUUCGCGACGGUUGUUCUUCUACAGUCUUUUUUACCUACCAUUAAUUAUGACAUUAAUGGUGGUGAGCAAUUACAGUCGAAGUGAAGCACAGAAGAAGUCUCUUUUAGAGCGACUUAAAUCGAUUUCUACACUAGUCGAUUUUUAA